AUGGACUUUAAAGUGCUGGCAAGCUCUAACCCUGGCCUAAAGAGUCUACGGUCUGAAAGAUCCUUCAAGGAUCCUAAUCAACCAACAACCAUGAAAUGGGAGCCAAUGGAUCUUCCUCCAGUGUCGCCGCAGGAGCUCCAGUCGUUGAGAAAUCAAAAAUACAUGAGAGCCAAAAACAAACAAUCCCUUCAUGACAAUAAUAUACUACUAGGUACUAAGCCCUCAAAGCUUGAUAUGUUCGAUGAUAAGUUGACAUCGUUUGCCUUUGCUCCACCACCUUCGUCGUCAAUCUCUAACAUGGAACAAAUAUUGACCGAUUCCAGCAACGUUGAUAUCUCUUUUGAGUCCAAUGAUCAUUUGGAAAACCCCAAUAAAUCCUCGCAAACUUUGACAGGGUUGAUCGCCAACUUGACAGAGAAUUUGAUGCUGCAAUCAUCUCCCAAAAAACGCAGAAAUACCGAUCUUCUUUCUGGGCAGGAACCGAAAGUCGUGAUGUCCCGCAAUGAUCCAAUCGUGCUAAUUGAAGAUUAUAUCCCUGGACAACGACCUUCAAGACCCAUCAGCGUCAUGAACCUUAAGAAAUCCAUCUUUGAUUUAAAACAGCAUCAACAAGAAGAACGGCCGUUGAAAAAAAAGUCUCGUGGCAAUUUGGCACAGGAGUAUUUGGAUAAUCUGGUGGAUGACGCAUUGAAAAUCACUUAUAAUUCCAUCCGCUCGAUGAGAUCAUUUCCACAAUAUUCUGCCGAUGAGACAUCACAUAAAAAACCGCCGAAGAAAACCAUGACCAACAAGAGAAGUUUGAUGUAUUUGAAUAAAGCCAUCAAGUUGUUGGAUUGCGAAAACAUUGAUAAUAAUAUUACUGAUAAUCACAGUUUGGCGCAAUUUAAAUCGGUGGAUUUCCAAUUCAAUCAAGCACCUCAAAAAAAUAAUGAGAACCGCACGAUUUCUAAUAAUUCAUUGAUGAAGGAUUCCAUUAGAUCCGUCAGCUCGUCUACAGAUAUAUCUAUUCAUAACCAGGAAACAAGGAACCCAAGUCCCAUUGAUAAUUUCAGACUUUCAAAAGAAAAGCAUUCUCCUACCAUUAGUGACCCCAAUUCAGCGUCAUACGUCGGUACAAAUUCCAUGGCCACGACUCCCGAAAAUCCCUGCAACAACAGUGGGGAUUUUUUGGGAACCAAUCAAAGGAAAUUACCAAUUUUACAUGAAGAGAGAAUCAAUAAUAUUGCUGCUGCCUCCAACACCGCGUUUGAGAACCUCAUGCUCGCCACAAGCUCGAGAAAUAACAGUUUUGACUCGUCGGCUAUCAAUAAAAAAAGAUCAGCGUCAGUAUUGGACUCAAUCCACAGUCUUGUGGCAGAUGAACAUGAUGCAUCGCUCAAAUACUGCAUGAUUUGUGAUAAACCAUUAUAUGAUCUCUCCUCGUUAAUCCAGGAUGGCUGCAAGUUUAAAAUCUUUGUUUGUGAUAAUUGUACUGACGUCUAUAAUGAAAUUGCCGAACUUCUUCACAACAUCAAACUCGAGGUUUCUAACAGUGAUGCAAUCUCUACCAGGAGCUUACUGUCAAACACUAGCAUCAGUUCAGAACUCCGUCACGAUUUCAGCUCCAUGACCAUCGAUCGCUCACAAGUCAGUGAUGACAAUGAUGAUAAUUUCAAUGAGGAUUAUCAGUUGGUGCACCUUGCAGAACUUGUGGCGCUUGAAUUGAGUAAUAAUAAUCCAGGAAAUUCCCAAGGAUUCCAGGAUUCUACCGAUUGGUUCAUUGAACAAAACGGUGAAUACUCGCGGAACGUCAAGAUGUACGAAAAAAUCCUCAAACUUGUGCUACUUUUGAAUAACGGCGAUGAUGAAUUAGAAGACCCUAUGGAAUCAUCUGCUGCUGCUCCACCAGUACCCGAUGAAUCGGUAGCGGAUGGUGAUACCACCACGGAUAUUGGGAACGAGACGGCUCGUACGUUUGCUCUUGAUCCUAAUGCUGGGUUUGAAGCUCAUCAUCCAGCUCCCACCACCCAGGUCAAUACCAAUAAUAUUCUUCAAGAUAUCAACAAUUUCCCGGACUCCGCCAGCGUGUUCAGUAAAAGCAGUCUUCGGACUAGAGGUUCAAUGAUCACCGAGCUGAUCAUCCUUCCUAAGCAGCGGCGGAAAAAUAGAGGCGGACUAAUCAAUAAGAAUGCACCAACUCCGAAAGAUUUCCAAGAAUAUUACCGAUCGCUAAUUACCAAACCAUCAACCACCAGAUUGCUCUCUACCGCAUUGGGCAAAGAAAAUCAAAUGGGCACCGUACCAUUCUCCAACGAUUUAGUAGGAACUCUUCAAAAGCAGCUCGAUAGCUACACUGGCUCACACGCCGCUAGCAGUAAUAUUUCUUCCUUCGUGGGGACCCCGACUUCCAAAGAUAAUAAUAAUAAUCAUAAUAAUAAUAAUGGCGGCAGCUAUAACCUCCUCAAAUAUUUCCACGCAUCCCCACCGCCCCAAGCUGAUACUGCUUCCUCGAUAAUAUCCAAGAAAAGCGGUGCUAACAAUCUUACUAAACACCAGUCGCUUUUGAACUUAAAUUUGGAACAGGAAUGGUCGACAUUCAAGAAGAAGUUCCGCUGGAGGUGGCGUGUCAAGGGUCUUAUGCCUGGGGUGACGUUAAAUGGUAACCAGGGUCAUUAUUACUAA